UAGUACAGUACAGGUACCAAUAAAUCAUAAGUAUAGAUAACGUAGAUCCAGUGACAUUCAUUGAUGAGGUUUGCGUUUCCAAGGCCAUCUGCAUCAUCAGGUAGCUGCAACAUGGAUCCACGGCCUCUCAUCUGCUCCAUCCAACGCCCGUCCUUGCUUUAAUUUGUUUCACCACAGAAAAUACUCCAGUCCAACUACACCGAGAGAGUAGACGAGACGAGACGAGACGACACAAGUCAAGUUGCUUUUGCAUUUGCAUACGCACACACUGCCAUCUCAGUGUAGUGUAGUGUAGCGAAGCAACCGGCGGCGAUGGCGAUGCGGUGGUGCUAUGUCGGCAAGGCCACCAAGAUCUUCUUCACCGUCCUGGCCCUCCUCGCCCUCAUCGGUGUCGUCCUCGCCUUCCGCGCCCUCCUCCACCGCGCCAAGUCGCGCGCCAGCUCCUCCUCCUCCGCCUGCGCCGCCGCCGACGAGUGCCAGCCCAUCCUGCCCGACACCGUCCCGCAGCCCUCCAUGCCGUCAACAGCCGCCACCACUCCUCCGCCGCCGCACCAAUAUCCCUCCUUCCCCCCACCGGACGCCGCCAUGCCCAUGCCCAUGCCGCAGCCCCCACCCCCUCUGCAGCCACCACCUCCAGCGAUUGCGCAGCCCCCUCCCGCAUUCGCCUCACCGCCUCCUCCCGACGCUCUCGUGCCCCCGCCGCCUCCUCCCGCUGCGCCUGCGCUGGUGACGCCACCGCCGGCGUUACCGUCAGCUCCUCCGCCCGCACCGGAGGCGCCAAGCCCAACGGCCUCCUGAUGCCGCCGAUUCUUCAUCUCAGAUUCAGAGCGGCUACUCUAGUGUGUCAGGUAGCCCGGCGAUUCGAUGUACUGCUAGUGAUUCUGGCUAAUCUUGCAAUUCAUUCGCAAAAUUUUGCCUUGCUGAAAUGCUGAGUUGAGUUCAUCUCUGAUGUUGCGUGAGUUGAUUACACUGUACAAAUAGUUGCCUGACAAUUCUGUUGUUCCACCAUCAAAUUCAUUUGUUGAAUUUCAGUUA